AUGAAACCUUCUACUAGUGUUUUCUUCACUUCAAUCACUUUAACUCAAACUCCUUCUCCUCCUUCAUCUCCAACUUCUUCAUUUAAAGGUGGUAAUAAUUACUUUUUCUCAACUUCAACUACUACUCAUUGGGAUAAAUCUCAUUUCACUCCCGCUGAUCCUUUAACUAUUAAAGAUAUUAAUCAACAAACUGUUCAAGCUAAUUAUGCCGUUAGAGGUAAAAUCCCUAUUAUUGCUGAUGAAUUAAGAGAUUUAAUCACUAAAAAUCCCGUUUCUCAUGGUUUACCAUUUAAUAAAAUCAUUAAUGCCAAUAUUGGUAAUCCUCAACAAUUAGAUCAAAAACCAUUAACUUGGUAUAGACAAGUUCUUUCCAUCUUACAAUAUCCUUCCAUUAUAAAUCAAGUUAAUUUCCCUCAAGAUGUUAAAGAUCGUGCUAUUAAACUUUUAAAUAAUAUUGGUUCAAUCGGUGCUUAUUCUCAUUCUCAAGGGGCACCUCUCAUAAGAGAAUCAAUCUCAAAUUUCAUUACUAAAAGAGAUAAUGGUCAUUUAUCUGAUCCUCAUAAUAUCUUUUUAACAAGUGGAGCUUCAGCUGCCGUAUCUUAUUUAUUACAAAUUUUAUCAAGUGAUCAAAAUUCAGGAUUUUUAAUUCCUAUCCCUCAAUAUCCAUUAUAUACCGCUACUAUUGCUUUAAAUAAUUCUAUCCCAGUAGGUUAUUAUUUAGAUGAAGCUAAUAAUUGGACAACAAAUCCAAAGGAAAUUCGUAAUUUACUUACAUCUUCUGAAAAUUCUCAUAUUAAAUUCAAAGCUUUAGUCAUUAUAAAUCCUGGUAAUCCAACUGGAUCAAUUCUUUCUAAACAAGAUAUUGUUGAAUUAAUUGAUAUUGCUGCUGAAUAUGGAAUCGUUCUUAUUGCCGAUGAAGUUUAUCAAGAAAAUGUCUUUGAAGGUCAAUUCAUCUCAGUAAAGCAAGUCCUUAGUGAAUUAUUAAUCACUAAUCAUGAUCAAUAUAAAAACGUUCAAUUAGCUUCUUUACAUUCAACUUCCAAAGGUGUUAGUGGUGAAUGUGGUCAAAGAGGUGGAUAUAUGGAAUUAGUUGGAUUCCAAAAUGAAGUUAAAGAUAUUUUAUUCAAAUUAGCUUCGAUUAAUCUUUGUUCAGUUGUUACAGGUCAAGCAUUAAUGGAAUUAAUGAUUAAUCCUCCAAGGGAAGGUGAUGAAUCUUAUCCAUUAUACCAAGCUGAAACCACAGCAAUCCACAAGGAUUUAAAGGAAAGAUCAAACGUGUUAUAUAAAGCUUUUGUUCAAAUGGAAGAUAUCACUUGUAAUAAACCAAUGGGAGCCAUGUAUUUAUUCCCUCGUUUAAAUUUCAGUGAAGUUGAUUAUCAUUUAUUACAUUCUCGUGCUAAACAAUCCAAACUUUCCAUUGAUGAUAUUUAUUGUAUUGAAUUGUUAGAGAAUACUGGUAUUUGUUGUAUACCAGGGAAUGGAUUUGGUCAAGUUCCUGAUACUUAUCAUUUAAGAACAACUUUCUUACCUCCUGGUCAUGAAUGGAUUAAUAGUUGGACUCAAUUUCAUGAAAAAUUCAUUAAAAAGUAUAAAUCAGUCCCUCAAUAG